CCUGCCCUGGGAACUCCCUUCCCUUGUGCCUAGCACACCUGAAUCUGUUGGAGGGUUACACAAAUGAAGAGAACGCCAUUGAGAUCACUGAGCACCAUAUGUAUCUUUUUAUUUCAUCUCUAUAGUGAUCAUGCGCAGAAGCUACUGUUUUACCCCCACUGUUUACAGAUGAAGAAUUGAACGCUAAGGGAAGUUAAGACAUUUCCCCAAGCAGGAAAUGGAAAAGCUGGGUGGGGGCCCAGAUUGUGUAUACCCUGAGCUCUCAGCCACUCUUCUAUGACUUAUAUAAGCAUCAAACCUAGUGUAAAUUUAACACUAGAUAUUCUUAUUUUCAGUUAGUUGUGUGACUGUAGCUAAGUCAGAUAAACUCUUGAACCCUCAUGUUCCACAUCUUUAAAAUCAGAAUGUUGGAAUGGGUCAUCAAAAUAUUCAAUGAAUGGAUGCUUGUUGGGCAUCUACUGUGAUUGAGGCACAGAUUAAGACAUGUCCUCACAAAGUCUGUUACCACAACUAUAGCAGAUCUGUCACUAAAUACUAUCUGGUCAAUACUCUGGAGUGUGCACAUUUCUGGGGAAUAUUGGGAAGCAACAGCAACAAUAAUAUGGCCCUGUUGAUGGCUCCAGGCACAGCACCGAACAAAGUGCUCUGCAAGCAUAAUCUUAACCUAGUUACCCCAGCCUAGGAGGCUGGGACCCUAGUAUUCUCACUUUACAGAUGAGAAAACCAUGGCUCAGAGCUAUCUAAUGUGCCCAUCUUUGUACAACUUGGAAGUGCCAACACAAGAAGUCCAGCUCAGAGGUCUUGCCCCAAAGCCCUAAUCACUGUGCUCUCUCAAGCAAGACUUCAUGUUCCAGCUAGUUACAGUCGUCUGCAGGGGCUCUUAUUCCCACCUUCACUCAAUUGUUUCAGAGAAAUGUCUAAUGACAAUUUGUUAAGGAAUGAGGGAGGUCUUCCCACAGUCUUUAUUUUCAUGGACAUGUCCUCUAGUAGGUUUUCUGGUGGCGUAUUUUUCAGAGGUUGAACCUCGGAAUCACCUGGAAUACUCCUUAAAAAUGUAGAUUCCUGGGUCCUAGUAUAGAGCCUACUGAAUGAAACCCCUGGGAGAGGUAUGACCAUUUGUCAUAAGCAUUAUAUCAUUAUAUAUAUAUGAUUUCUCUCCAAAUUAAAUUCUUUGAUAGCUUAAAUCCUUGUGGUUUGAAUUCUACGGUAUUAAAGAUGAAGGUACUCUCAAAGGCACAUCUGUAUUCACCACACCUGAAAGCUAGCUUUGGGGGGAGAGUUCCUUAUCGUCUUUAAAGAACAGAGGACUGGCCAAAAGCUUUCUUGUAACCACGAUGUAGAAGCUUCUCCCUGGGAUGACGUUCUGCUGUGCUGGAGCAGCUCCUCCCCGAGCUCACAGGGCUGCUCAGCCUCCUGGACCACGAGUACCUCAGCGACACCACUCUGGAGAAGAAGAUGGCCGUGGCCUCCAUCCUGCAGAGCCUGCAGCCCCUCCCAGCCAAAGAAGUCUCCUACCUGUAUGUGAACACAGCGGACCUCCACUCUGGGCCCAGCUUCGUGGAGUCCCUCUUCGAAGAAUUUGACUGUGACCUGAGCGGCCUUCAAGACAUGCCAGAGGACGAGGCGGAGUCCUGCAAAGGAGCCAGUCCUGAGCCAGCCAAGAGUCCAUCUCUGAGACACACAGCUGACCUGCCUCCACCACUCCCCAACAGGCCUCCGCCUGAGGACUACUAUGAGGAGGCCCUUCCCCUGGGACCUGGCAAGUCCCCUGAGUACAUCAGCUCCCACAAUGGCUGCAGCCCAGCCCACUCGCUUAUGGACGGCUACUAUGAGGAUGCAGACAGCAGCUACCCCGCCACCAGGAUGAACGGGGAGCUGAAGAAUUCUUACAAUGACUCUGACGCCAUGAGCAGCUCCUACGAGUCGUACGACGAGGAGGAGGAGGAAGGGAAAGGGCCACAGCCCACACACCAGUGGCCCUCAGAGGAGGCGUCCAUGCACCUGGUGAGGGACUGCAGGAUAUGUGCCUUCCUGCUGCGGAAAAAGCGCUUCGGGCAGUGGGCCAAGCAGUUGACCGUCAUCAAGGAGGACCAGCUCCUGUGUUACAAAAGCUCCAAGGACCGGCAGCCGCAUCUGAGGCUAGCGCUGGAUGUCUGCAGUGUCAUCUAUGUGCCCAAGGACAGCCGGCACAAGAGGCACGAGCUGCGCUUCUCCCAGGGGGCUACUGAAGUCCUGGUGCUGGCCCUGCAGAGCCGGGAGCAGGCCGAGGAGUGGCUGAAGGUCAUCCGAGAGGUCAGCAAACCCGUCGGGGGCACUGAGGGGGCAGACGUGCCCAGAUCCCCAGUCCUCCUGUGCAAGGCAGACCUGGACAAGAGGCUGUCCCAAGAGAAGCAGACCUCGGAUUCUGACAGCCUAGGCAUGGGUGACAGCUGUUCCACUCUGGGCCGUGAACACGGCAAAGGGAAGAAGAGCAGCCUGUCAGAGCUGAAGGGUUCAAUGAGCAGAGCUGCAGGCCGCAAGAUCACCCGUAUCAUCAGCUUCUCUAAGAAGAAGGCACUGGCUGAUGACCUUCAGGCGUCCUCUACUGAGGAGGUUCCGUGCUGUGGUUAUCUGAAUGUGCUGGUGAACCACGGAUGGAAGGAACGCUGGUGCCGCCUGAAGUGCAACACCUUGUAUUUCCAUAAGGACCGCACAGACCUGCGGACCCAUGUGAACGCCAUUGCCCUCCGCGGUUGUGAGGUGGCCCCAGGCUUUGGGCCCAGACACCCAUUUGCCUUCAGGAUACUACACAACCGGCAGGAGGUCGCUAUCUUAGAGGCAAGCUGCUCAGAGGACAUGGGCCGCUGGCUUGGGCUGCUGCUAGUGGAGAUGGGCUCCAAAGUCACUCCCGAAGCAUUGCACUAUGACUAUGUGGAUGUGGAGACCCUAACCAGCAUCGUCAGUGCAGGGCGCAACUCCUUCUUAUAUGCAAGAUCCUGCCAGGAUCAGUGGCCUGAGCCCCGAGUCUAUGAUGAUGUUCCUUAUGAAAAGAUGCAGGAUGAGGAGCCUGAGCGUCCCUCUGGAGCCCAGGUCAAGCGCCACGCCUCCACCUGCAGUGAGAAGUCCCAUCGGGUGGACCCACAGGUCAAAGUCAAGCGCCACGCCUCCAGUGCCCAUCAGUAUAAGUACGGUAAGAACCGAGCUGAGGAGGAUGCCAGGAGGUACCUGGUAGAAAAAGAGAAGCUGGAGAAAGAGAAAGAGACAAUCCGGACAGAGCUGAUGGCGCUGAGGCAGGAAAAGAGGGAACUAAAGGAAGCCAUUCGGAACAACCCAGGGGCAAAGUUAAAGGCUCUUGAAGAGGCUCUGGCCACCCUCGAAGCUCAGUGUCGGGCAAAGGAGGAGCACCGGAUCGACCUGGAGCUGCGGCUGGUGACUGUGAAGGAGCGCUUGCAGCAGUCCCUGGCAGGGGGCCCAGCCCUGGGGCUCUCCGUCAACAGCAAGAACAAGAAUGGGGAAACUGCAAAUAAACCCCAGAACAAUGCCCCAGAGCAACCUCUCCCUGUCAAUUGUGUUUCCGAGUUACGGAAGAGGAGCCCAUCCAUCAUAAACUCCAAUCAAGGAAGGGUGCUACAAAAAGCCAAGGAAUGGGAAAUGAAGAAGACCUAGAAAAAAGAUGAGGAUUUCAUCCAAAGGAAAUAACACCUUGUCCAUCCAAGGCGAAGCCUUUUCACAAGGAGACAUCAGAAGACUGGAAGUAGCCCAAACUCUCUGGCCAUCCCAAAGACCUUUAUUGUCUGCAUGAUUAUAGGGUAUAUGGGAAGAAAAGAAGUAGAAAAGGGAAAUAGAGGGCAUCCUUAUAACUUUACAGAGGGUGGAAAUGGGGGCGGAGGGAGACAGAAAUCUCUACAGUUGUAAGGUUUUGUUGAAUGUCUUUGCCUUCCCCUCUGAAGAAGAAAAAUGAAAGCACAUGUGAAUAAGCCAUUCCAUCCCCUUCUCAGCAUCCCAUUCCCAGUUCAUAGGAAAAAGGAAGGUCUUGAGGCAUCAGUGGUGCAGUACAGAGAGAUGGGACUUGAUCAUCUGACACCUGUGCCAAAUGGAUUCACACUGGGCAUUGCUGACAAUCUCUAGGCAAAACAGGCUGAAAAAUCAAUACCAUUAUCCCUACUCGCAUGAAGUGAACAAAAACUACAGAGAUUAUGCAAAUUCUACAAUCGUUCCUCAUGACACAAAUUCUAGAAUCCCAGACUUGAGUGUUUUCAAAUCAGAGAUCUGGCACAGAGGAGUUUAGCAGGCCAAGAAGUUCAGCAGCUGACAUAUUUUAAGCUCACAGUGCUACUCAGAAGCACAUGUUUCUCAUGUCCACAGAAUGUUGCAGGCACUGUAAGGUGGGAUCAUUUGCUAUCAAUGAAGUUCCCUUCGUAAUGUAUAUGGCACUCAGGCUCCGGGAGCUAUGAUUACUAUGAUUAGAAAUCCAGGUGAUACUCUUUAUGUCUUUAACCUUACUUCGCACUUGGAGACCCACCAUCCGCCCUUUCAACCCUACUAUCAAGUAAACCUAUCACAGAAAACCAAGAGGAUGGUGGCUCAUUUAUGCCACAGGGGUGCUAAACCGUUUAUAAACAUUUGAUAUUUUUAUAGAAGAGCAAGGACCUCAAGUCCCAGGCAGUCUUCUAACUGUGCCAUUCAUUACUUUCUCAACACUGUAGGCCCACUACAGGCCUUCACCACCUUUCCCUCCAAUAAAGAUAAAAAUCAUUUAAAUGCAAAAGCUCAAAGGUUAACUCAAGGGGAAAGAAAGGAAAUCCUAGAGAAGCCUCUGGACACUCUGGGCUGCACACACUUUACUUACCUAAGGCUUUACACACUUGAGCCUCACCCAAACUGUAUCACCCUCUGAGGGAGCAGCAGACCAAAGCAAGUAAAAUAACCUGACCAAAAGCACCCAGCUGUCAGUGGCAGAAUAUGAGGCUUAGGGCUGAUAAGCCUGGAUCCAGACAAGGCUGCUUGAGCUCCGCCUCUGCCAUUUACCAGCUGUGACUUUGACCUCUGAUUGUUUUACCUGUGAAAACCAUGUUAACAAUGCUACUCUUCUCCCAAGACUACUGGGGGGAUUCAAUGAGAUAACACACAGGAAGCAUCUUGCACACUGUCCAAGAAAUAGGAAAGGUUCAGCCAUAGUGGUUAUUAGCUAGAUAAGAAACAUCUGACUCAAAUUUUGCGUCCUUUCCACUAAAGAAAUGACUUUCACAUGGUUUUAACAACCAUUAAAGGCUAAAAGGUAACCAAUCCAUAAUUGACAUCUUUCAUCCAAAUUCCACCUGAGUGUCUUCAAUGACAAUGGAGCUCACAUAAACUGCACUGCCAAUGUUCUUCCUUAAAAUAUAGAUCCUGGAAUGGCACCCAGCAAUUCAA